AUGCCCAAACGCAAAAAGUCACACAAGAUGGAAGAAGAUUUAUCGUCACUUCUACAAAAGGUUCGAAAAUUAGAAAAGAAGAUCCACAAAAGGAGACGUCGUAUUUCGUCUUCCGAUUCUGACAACCUGGAGGCAGAAACGCCGGUCGUGAAAUCUGCACCAGACACGCAUAAUCUACCUGCAUCGGCUCUAGUAUCCGAGGAUUGGUUGUCAAACCCGUCACCUUUGGCUGAUGAAGAAAUCAAUGAAAUAAUUUCUAACCAUAUAGACCGUCAGCCAAAUGAGCAGGACUUCACAUCUUGUGAACUAAACAGACCAAACUCGGUGACGAGGAGAAACUUCAUAUUAUUCGCGCUGAAAAAAGAUAUUAGCCAACACUUGGCUAAAACUAAGAUUGAUAGUUUUUUAUUUGGCAAACAUUUACCGGAGACCCUAAGGUCUGCGAAAGCAGUUAACAAGACUAGCGCUGAGAUUAAGUCAUCUGGGACUAAUAAAACUAUUCCGAGACGACCACCUGCAAAACAGGGCCCGCCUCCAAAGACUUUAAACCGGAAAGCAGCUCCGGGACGCAGGCAACCGGGGCUAACGACUUAUGCGGCCCAGAGCCGCGCGCCUGCUGCAACGUGGUACGCACCGUGGCCUCAACAAGCAUUGCCGCCACCACCACCGCCACCACCUCCUCCGCCGCCGCCUGCGCACUCAUCGAAGACGUCGUCGAAUCAGCCCAAUACGCAGACCCGUCGCCGGCAUUAUUAG